AUGAAUUCGUGCCAAUGUAUUUAUUCCAUCGAUCCCAGUGCCCCCAAUGAUGCUGGCGAUAAAGUACGCGCAUUGAUGUUUGCACCAGCCCCCAACGUAGCGGAUGAUGGACGCCAUCUUUGGGUAGGUAUGCAGGACGGCGUGAUUAUGGUUUUGGAUUCCAUCACGGGCGCAAUCCUCGGUAAACGAACGACAAGCCACAGUCACGCUAUUUGUUUCAUCUUGCGAUAUCGCAACACGGAGAUGUGGACAUUGGACGAAAGCGGGAUCCUGAAUAUGUGGCCAGUGUUGACGGUCGAUUGCGAACGAAAUCAUCCCUUGGAAAUGACACCGCAAAAACAUAUGGUAGCGGCGCGCACGGUUGCGGCAUUGAUUGUGGGUACGAGUUUGUGGACUUCUUCAGGGCGCACGUUGGAUGUAUUUCACUUUGCGCAUCAUGGCAGCGAUUCACCUCAUAUUCGUAUUCCCAACGAUGUCGGGAACAUUACUCAACUGGUUACCGUCCCUUACCACAAGAAGCUGGUGUUUGCGUCGCAUGAUGAUGGGAAGAUUACAGUUUGGGACACCGAGACCGUGGAAAAAGUACAAGUGAUCACAAUUUCCAUGUAUGGCAUCUGUUCCAUGGCCGCCGCGGGCGAAUUCUAUUUAUGGACCGGGUACAAUACCGGCAUGAUUUACGUUUACGAUACGCGACCCGAAAAAUGGGUGGCGGUGAAAAUCUGGAAAGCCCACAAUACCGCCGUCACUACAUUGAUGGUGGACGAGUCGGGAUUUUCGCGCGACGAAAAAUCCAUGCAAGUCAUCAGUGCCGAUUCAAACGGAUGUGUAGCUACAUGGGAUGGUCUGUUGACCGAGACCUGGCAAGAUGCGCAACUGGAGAAACACGUACGCGAUUACUGCAGUUACAGGAAUGUUCGUGUUGCCAUUUGUUCUUGGAAUAUUGAUGCGAAUAAACCGGAGAAACUCGUCGGAAAUGACAACGACAAAAUUUAUGAAUGGCUCGGUCAAAUGGAUGACCCGGAUAUUAUCGUUGUCGGCAUUCAAGAAAUCGUUGAUUUGGAAUCCAAGAAACAAACUGCGAGGUCACUUUUUGCUUCGCGCAAAAAGAUUGAAACGUUGCAGGAAGCGGAAGAACUUUUGACGCAUCGGUAUCGACUGUGGCAUGAUCAUCUCGUACGGGUCAUUGGUGAUAAUUAUGGCGCGAAUGCUUACACGGUGAUCAAGACGGAUCAGCUUGUGGGAUUAUUCAGUUGCGUGUUUGUGAAAACGAGUGAAGUGAAUCGAGUCAUCAACUGCGACUCUACUCUGGUCAAGACGGGCAUGAAACUAAUGAACAAAAGUCUCCACGGCAACAAAGGCGGAAUUGCGAUCCGAUUCCUAUUCGACCAUUCAUCCUUGUGCUUUAUCAAUUGCCAUUUAGCUGCCGGUCAGUCUCACAGUCAGCAGCGAAACGCUGAUGCCGAAGGCAUUUUACAAACCGCCACGUUUCCGGAGCUUCGCGACUAUUGUGAUGUGUUUGCACACGGAGGGGACGGCACACUGGUAUUGGAUCACGAGCACUGUUUCUUGAGCGGUGAUCUGAAUUAUCGUAUCAACAUGACACGCGAAAAGGUGCUUCAGCUUCUGGCAAGCCAUGACAAGGAAAAGGCCUGGCGGACACUGCAGCAAAAAGAUCAAUUGCUUAUGCAAAGGAUCACCAAUCCAUUGUUCAAGUUACUCACUUUCCAGGAAGCCCCGAUUCAAUUCGAUCCAACUUACAAGUAUGAUCCAGGCACCGACUUUUACGACCGAUCAGAGAAGAAACGCAUUCCUGCAUGGUGCGACCGUGUUCUCUAUCGCAGCCGGCAUGCGCAAAACUUGUACUAUCAACGACACGAAGUGCGCGCCUCGGAUCAUCGACCUAUCAGCGCGGGAUUUGUGAUUCAAACAAAGAUCAUUGAUGGCGAGAAGCGAGACCAGUUAAUGGACAAGAUUGAAAUGGUGUGGCAAGACAGUCUGGAGCGACUAGUGAGGGAUAAGAAAGCACAAUAUGUGGCUGAUUACGAACUGUGCAACUUGCAAGAAGCACGUCAACUUCUCGAAACGAAGCACUGGGAUGUCCAGGAAGUGGUGAUGAAUUUGAGGAGUGCGAACUAA